AUGGGCUCUUUACCAGGCGUCGUCUGCGAGUUCUGCAACAGAUGGUUCCCCAACGCCCAAGUUUAUGGCGGUCAUAAGUCACGGCGGACCCCUUGCCAAGGACUAUCCGCCGUGGCAAGGCCCACGCGAUCUGCACCGACCGCCGGUCUACACGCUCUGCUAUUCGUCCACGACAUUCUGUCGGACGCUCCAGCCGCUCCCGGUUCACCUACAGCGUCUAACGCAUCCAACGCCGUCAGUGAGAGCGGUCCUCCACGCGUGCCUGAAGCUGACGUUGACGAAACUCCCAACGACGUGAACGAGGGGCCUCCUGAAGAUGAACAUCAACCACAACCAGGAGCUCCCGCGGCUGACACGAGUGACCAUCCUGAGAGCCGGCCCGAAGGGAGUCAUGCCGCGCCGCCAUCAAUCAUCUCCGGACAGAGCAAUGCCACGCCCCUCAAUCCGCUCGCGUUGAAGCUGCUGCAUUUCGUUCGGCGCGUGAAUGGCGGAAUGGGGAUGGCCGAGGUUGACAUCAAUGGCCUGCUUCAGCUAGUCGUAGAGCCCGGCCUUGCGCCUCUUGUGAUCUCGGAGCUCCGGAACUGCAAGGAUCUGGAGCGGUUCGAGAUGGAGCGCUUGGCAGGGCUCAAUCGCGGAUGGUCGGUGGCGACCUUCGAGAUUGACGGUCAUCCACCACAGCGCUUGCUCUUUCAAAACUCAGCCCAGGCAUUCGCUGAAAUGUUUGGACAUCCCAACAACGCGCCCGGCUUCAAGCUCAAGGCGCGUGUUGAUGAGGACCCUGACGCAGGCGGCCGUUGCUAUACCACGCCUGAAACAGGAACGUGGUGGAAUGAUGCUCAGCAACAACGGCCGGAAGAAGGCGUGGCCGCUCAUGAUGACGCUGGCCAACAUCUCCCAGGCCAAGCGAUGGGGGAAAGCCGGGCACACACUACUUGCUCUGCAAUGUCUGCCGUGGAGAAGGUGAUGCUCUUCCAGCGAUGCGUCAUCACCGUGCUGCAGCCGCUUCUUGAUGGCAUCGCCAGCGGGUUCCGUCUCAGGGACCCUUUCGGUGAUUGGCAAACCGUGCGCCCCCUGCUGUACGCCUGGGUGUGCGACUACCCCGAGAGCGGCAAGAUCAGUUGCACACUCUCGCAUGGAUCGCGGAUGCCGUGCAGCAUCUGCUAUGCUGCAAAGGAGCAUCUGAGUGCGGCACGGAACACGCCGCGCACGCCUGAACAGCAGCAAUGGAUCGUUAACGAGGCGGCUGGGACGACAACUAGCCAGGACAACCCGUGCAAGGCCUACUCUACCUACCCUGUUGAGUGCGUGCUCUGGAAGUGGGAUGUCCCAGGGACCGCGUGGGGCAAUCCCUACCUCGUGGUCAUGCCUGACAUCAUGCACCAGGCGGACCUGGGCAUCAUGAGCCACAUUGUGGCUGUCGUGCGCAAGAUGAAGAAGCGGCGUGUGAAGCAGAUGGACAGGCGCCUGUCCCUCAUUCGCGACCGCACGCGCCUGAAUCACAUGCGCCUGCCGGAGAGCGCCUAUUUUGAGACCGGAGCAUGUGUCGCGGCCUAUGAGCACAGGGCCGUCAUGCAGCUAUGA